GAGUACUAUCCUCGUGUGCAAUAUUUAUUUGUCGUUAUUUUUCGCUUUGAUUCCUUGACAUGCAAAAAUGUUGCGUUAAACACUUAUAUUAGAAACAAAAAUGGACAAAAGACCGUUAUUUCUUGGAAAAGGUCGAGGUAGAGGCCGCGGAAAUGAAGAAAAAGGUACCAAUCCGGCGGCAGGGCAAUCUGGUGGCCGCGGACAUUUGUUACCCGCGAAAUGGGGAAAUUCCAGAAAAGCUGAAAAUGGCGGUGCAAAUUCACCCAAGGUGCCUGAAGCUUCCAAGGAGAGGCAGGAAAAGGCAAAUAAAAUAAAGGAGUCUGCGAAGAGAUACUUGGAAAGAGUGGACGACGAAUUUGAAGACUCCUCAGAGGACGAAGAAAUUAAUGACAGUGAAAUAUUGAACAACACGUUGAAGAACUACAGAAAUACCUCACAAGACAGUGAAGAAGGCCUAAACAAAACUGCUCAGUAUUUAAUAGACUCCUGCAAACCUGGAUCUAGUGUGUGUUUAAUAUGCAUUGCUUCUAUCAAGCACGUUGAUGCAGUAUGGAAUUGUAGCCAAUGUUUCUCAACUCUUCACCUUCAAUGUAUUCAGAAAUGGGCCAGGGAUGGUGCUGCAUAUAACCUCCUGUCCUCUGAUAACAUAUCUCAAGCUGAUCUUCCAUGGUACUGCCCCAAGUGUAGGUUUGAAUUCAAACAGUCAGACUGCCCUACAAGAUAUUAUUGCUUUUGUGAAAAGCAGGAAAACCCUUUGUUUGAUCCAUGGCUGACUCCCCACUCCUGUGGCCAAUCUUGUAGUAAACCUCUUAAACCUGAAUGUGGUCAUGAUUGUCUUUUGCUUUGUCAUCCAGGUCCAUGUCCUCCUUGUCCAAAGACCGUCCGUGUGUCCUGUCACUGUGGAUCUCACCCACCAGUGGUCAGAAGAUGUAGUGCUAAAUCAUGGUCAUGCGGCAAGCCCUGUGGAAAGCUCCUCUCAUGUGAUCAUCACAACUGCGAAUCUCCAUGUCAUCCUGGUGGCUGUCUGCCAUGUCCCAAGGAAAGUAUACAGAGCUGCCUAUGUGGUAAAGUGACAAGUAAAAGACCUUGUGCCAGUCCAGAGUGGCAGUGUGAACAGGUUUGUGACAAGGUUUUGUCAUGUGGCCAUCAUAGAUGUGAAAGAUUGUGUCAUGCAGAUAAUUGUGGUGACUGUCCAAGAACGGGAGAAAGGAAAUGUCCAUGUGGACAAACUACUUUAUCACUGCCAUGUACUGAAGAUGUUCCGACUUGCGGGGGGACCUGUGACAAGCCGUUAGCUUGUGGCAGGCAUAAAUGUACUCAACAAUGUCACACAGGAUCUUGUGGGGUGUGCCGACAAGUGGUUACAAAAACCUGUCGUUGUGGCAAGCGGGAGAAGAAUGUCUUGUGUUCACAGGGGUUUCUUUGUGAAGUCAAGUGUUUGAAGAUGAGACAAUGUGAACGUCACCCCUGCAAACGUAAGUGCUGUGAUGGACAUUGUCCUUCAUGUGAGCUGACUUGUAACCGAACCCUGAACUGUAGGAAUCACAAAUGCCCAUCACAGUGUCACAGAGGUCCAUGUUACCCUUGUCCCCUUCAGGUGGAUGUGAAGUGUUUCUGUGGUGCUACAGUACUGACCUUACCAUGUGGACGAGAAAAAGUCACCAAACCACCCAAGUGUGCUGAACUUUGCAGGUACAUGUACAGUAUCAGCUCUCUGCCAUGUUCAUCAGCAAAGCCAUUUUCAUGUGCUCGGGCAUGUGGCCGCCAAUUGUCAUGUGGAAAUCACACCUGCCAGCUGGAGUGCCAUGUCGUCACUGGUGCGAGUGAUAAUCAACAGGCUGGAAAAGAAUGUCAAGUAUGUGAGGAACCUUGUUCGAAGCCUCGACCAGAGGGAUGUAAACAUGAUUGUCCACUACCAUGCCAUCCAGGAGAUUGUCCGAGUUGCAAACAGAUGGUUAAGCUUCCGUGUCACUGCCGCUUGAUGCUUGUUUAUGUGUCUUGCAGUGAGUUGACAUCUGCAGAUGAACAAACAAGCAAUGAGCUGAUGUCAUGCAAGAAUCAAUGCCCAAAGAUCUUAGCAGCGUGCGGUCACAGAUGUUCUUCUAACUGCCAUGCUGGUCCCUGUCCCUCCCCUGAACUGUGCAACAGGAAAACAGCUGUGAGAUGUCCUUGUCGACGCAAAAAGAGAGAUUUCCCAUGUCACAUGGUCCAAAGGGGUGAAGCUAAGUUAGAGUGCGAUAAAGAUUGUAAUGCACAUAAAAUGAAACAGAAGAAAGAGACAACUAAGGAGGAAGAAUUGAGGAAACAAGAAGAACUUAGAGCACAGCAGGAGGAACUUGAGUGGUUUGAAAGAAAACAGCGUGGGAAGAAACGUCGACCAAGAAAGCAAAAGGAAGAAAUAAUUGAGCCAUCUUGGUUUCAGCGUUACUCGCUCACCAUUUUAAUGUUGUCAGUGGCAGUUGGGUUAAUUGCAGGACUGUUCUUUAUUGCAAUGAACUGACACUAUUGUUACUG